UUGGAGAAGCAAUAAUGUCAUCCAUUCAUCAUCGCCCGAACCAGCCUUACCCAAGUGGCCAAGCUGAACAGAGAUUCACAAUUUGCCGCCGAAUCUCCAAAAUGCUCGGUGGUCCUCACGCUCUUCUCCUCCUUCUACUCGUCCAUCCGGCUGUUACAUUUGAUGUAUCGGCGGCGGAUGAGUUUUUCUGCUCCGUUCCCUCUCUCCAUUCCAAGCCAGACUCCAAACCAAACUACUCGAAAGUGACGAACCCAACUCUCUCCCCUUCCCACUUUCAAGAUCUUCCAGGAUUUACCCGCAGUGUCUAUAAAACUGACCAUGCCCUAAUCACUCCUGAAAGUCAAGUAUUUAGUCCUCUGCCAAACUGGCUGAAUUCACUGGGAGCUUAUUUGAUCAGCCCUGCAACUGGUUCUCACUUCACAAUGAACUUGGUGAAGAUGCAAGAGGAUUCAAGAUCUGCAUUGCCCGCAAAAGAUGUUGAAAGGUUUGUCUUCGUGCUUCAAGGCAGUUCUUUACUAUUAGAUGCUUUUGGGAUCUCCCAUCAACUCAAUGCAGAUUUUUUUGCAUAUAUACCUGCUAAUACAUGGCAUCAAUUGAAGAGUGACUCAAUGGCUGUACUAGUCAUUUUUGAGCGAAGGUAUGUCAGCCAGGAUGGUUUUGUUCCGGAACAGAUCAUUGGUUCAACCGAUAAGCAGCCCCUUCUUGAAACUCCAGGGGAGGUAUUUGAAUUGAGGAAACUGCUUCCCACUUCAACACCAUAUGAUUUCAAUAUCCAUGCUGGAAUAUCAGUACGAACAACAUCAAAUGGGUGUAUCUGUAGUUUCACUCAUGGAAUCUCUGUGGUUAUAUUAUGGAUUUUCAACCCGGAGAAUAUCUUAAUGCCAAGGAGGUGCACUACAAUCAACAUGGCUUGUUACUACUGGAGGGACAGGGAAUAUAUCGCCUUG